AACCGUUGCGAUUCUCGUGACUAAACUCGUGACUGAGAUCCAAAGAUCCCCCGAACGAUGGAGGCACAAAGAUACCCACCACUCCUUCUCAUCAUCCACACAAAACAUAGGAAAGGUACAAGAACAUUGUAUUGUAUUGAUUGAUUGAUUUGAUUUGAUUUGAUUUGAUUUGAUCAUGGCAUUAUCAUUUCCGAGACUGUUGCAGUCCUCUCGUCGCAUCCUCCCGACUGCUCGUCGCGGCUUGGCAUCCUCGACGAUUGAGCGGCUGGGUACCGAUGGACCUCUCAUGUCCAAGGCGGUCAUUCACAACGAUAUUGUGUACUUGAGUGGAUUGAUUGAUUUGAGUGGAACCAGUGAUACCGUCACGGGACAAACCCAAACUGUUUUGAACGAAGUAGAUGACUUGUUGGCCAAGGCGGGAACCCACAAGUCCAAUGUCCUGUCGGCAUCCAUUUGGUUGAAAGAUAUUGAACGGGAUUUCAAAGACAUGAAUGCCGUAUGGGUCGACUGGAUGGAUCCCGAUAACAAACCCGUACGAGCCACCGUACAGUCUCCCAUGGCAUUUCCACACCUUCUCGUGGAAAUACAAGUCACUGCGGCAAAGUAGAAUCAAAACGAACAAAAAACAAUCACUAGUCUGCCUAGUAGUUCAACCAAAUACCAUUGGUUCAGAUGGUGUAUUUCUGUAGUAAAUCAUCUUUAUCAUAUUCU